AUGCAUCCCCAAAACUCGCCUCAUCAACCCGUUUCCACCGACCAUCUCACCUCGCCACCGCCCCGAACCGGCAGCACGUUCGGCCCACUUCCUGUACCACCCGGUCGCCACCCCACCCCAUACGUAUCGCCCAGCUGGCCGACAAGACGCUUUGUGUCUCGCUGUUGCCAACCUGUUCGUCCAGACAGCAGUGUAUGUGUAUGUGUGUAUGUGUGUGUGUGUGUGUGUGUAUUAGGUCGUUUUGGCAGAUCGCUUCAAACCGCCUCCUCGACCUCCGGCCCGGCUUCAAGCCGACCGGCUGACCGGCUGAUCGGGUAA